UAUCACGAUGCCGCGUUAAAUUCUCACGCGUGCACAUUCAUGAGUUUGGUGAUAAAAAAAAAAAAAAAAAAAAGAAAAAAUGCGAAUGCAUUCUUUUCUCUUCACGUCAAUCAAACGUUACAUGUUGCACGCGGAGAUCAAACGUGUUUGGUUUUCAACAUUUUUAUCCUUUCGUCGUUCAGCCGAAAUAGACGUAUAUUUAUCAAAGAAAAAAGAAAAAAAUAAAAAAAAAUAAAAAAAGAAUAGAAAAAAUAGAAAAGAUAAAUAAAGAAAAAAAAGAACAGCUAAGAUUUGGAGCAACAUAAAAUAAAUAAAUUAAUCCAUAACGUAUAGUUUUCUUGAAUUUUUAUCAAUUGUCGUCAGAAAAUAAGAUUAGAAGAAGAAAAAGAAAAAAAGGAAAAGAAAAAAAAAAAAAGAAACAGACAAAAGGAUCUUUUUUCAAUAUACUAUGUAAUUUUGACUAAACAACGAAAGGUUUAAAAAUUGAUAACGAUCCAUAAUCGAUGAUUCUAAAUUCGUUCAGAGACGUACGAGGGUUGAACGAUGCUUCCGAAAGAAGGUUUUUAUUCUCGAUAUUCUUAUAUCGAGGAUUUACGAAUGCUAGUGCGCGCCUGUGUAUAUGUGUGUGUGUGCGUGUGUCUAAUCGUCAACGUAAAUAAACGUAAACAUAUAUAAACAUAGAUUUUUCUUAUUGAUCAUACGAAAGAAAGAAAAAGAUCGGAGUGCAAAGAUGAACAAAAGAAAGAGACAGAUAGAGAGAGAGAGAGAGAAAGAGAAAGAGAGAGAGAGAGAGAGAGAAAGAGAGAGAGAGAGAGAAAUCAAUUGUGAAAUAUACGACUUUUCGCUAAGCUUCUUUAACCGUGACAAUAGUAUCCUUUUAAGAGAUAAUUUUGUUUUCCAAUUGCGACGAAAUCGCAAGGCUAUAAUUUAAAACUGUUUAGAGAUAUCAUUAUUAAAAAGAAAAUAGCCCGCGUGACGGAUGUCAUUUCUCGUGUAUACAUUUUUCUUUGUUAAUUUAUUAUUAUUAUCUUUUCUCAUACUCAGCUCUACUAAUGAAGAUAAUAAUCCUGUUAGAUUAGAUUGAUCGAUUAGAUCUUCGGUAUCUAAUCGAAACUUUCUAUAUAUAGACUAACAAAGGCAUCUCUUGGGAAAUAGAUUCGAAGAAUCGAGCGGAACAAAUUAAAAUAUAGCAAUGUCUUUUUUUCCUUCUCUUUUUCUUUCAUCGAUUCGAUCAUUAUAAUAACGAUAUAUGUAAAAGACAAUGUCGUUCGGUACUUUGGUUUUAUCACAGAUUAAUGAUAAUAUUAUUAUUGCGUGUAUAUCCGAGCCGAAUAUUACUCUGUUAUUAGAAAAGAGAAAAGAAGAAGAACGAAAAGACGACGGGGAAGGAUUGAAGAAUGUCGCUAGGAUUGUUUUGUUAACGGCAGGACCGAAUCGAAUUAUCUUUUUACAAAUUACGAAAUUUGUGGGCGAGAUGUUAAUAUUACGUUUGUUAAUAAACGAACACGUCCAUGCAUCUCUGGACGUCAUGCGGAAUUAUUUUUGUAGGAUUUAAAAAUCUCUCGAAAGAAUUCGCUUCGUUCGUUCGACGGAACGCCGAUAACUUUUGUUGUUUAAAAUGAAGCGCUUUUUUGACGAGGAUAAUGAAAAGAAAAAAAAAAAAGAUGAAUAAAAUAAAAUAAAAUAAAAUAAAAUAAAAUAAAAUAAAUAAAUAAAAAAAAAAAGAUAAAUAAAUAAAUAAAAGAAAGAAAGAGAAAGAAAGUCUAGAAAAGAUAUUUAACGUGCACAUCCAAGUAUUGAAGCUCGGACGGAUUAAAUUGUGACAUAAAUGAUUCGACUUGUGAAUGCGCAGCCUAACCAUUGAAUAUGUGAUCUCUGGAAAUUAACGCGGAGGAAUAUAGGAGAGUGUGUAUCUGUAUGAGUCUGUGUGUACAUGUGUGUAUAAGUAUGAGUGUAACGAAUAAUCGUUGCCUUAGCUUUUUGUACAAUUUAACAUGAUUGAUGAAUAAAUGAGAAGUGAGACAGAGAAGGAGAGAAAGAGAAAAAAAGAUAAAAAGAGAGAGAGAGAGAGAGAGAGAGAGAGAGAGAGAGAGAGAGAGAGAGAAGAAGUCGUGCAGGAUAUGAAAUGUUUAUUAUAUUAAUGUAAUCGAUGUUGGUAUCUGUGAAGAUAAAUGGUGAUAAUAAAAUGAUAAAAGUAGUAAGCUAUUCUCAUAAGCUCGCUCGAGAGAGGAGAUAUAGCCUUGCAGCAAGAAUUGUGCGACAAGCUGAUAAUCAAAUUGUAUGAAUAUUGAUAUUGUUACGAUGUUUACAUAUAAUAAUAUUGUUAGUAUUAAUGGCAAUGAUAACAAUUGUAAUUCGUAAUUUUUACUCAUGGAGAUCGCCGUCUUCGAAUGAAAUAUGCAAGAUAAAAUGAAAACAUUGUCGGUCGUUUCUUUGCCCAAAAUAGAGAUUACCUGAUCCGAAUAUUUUCAAAAUACAUUUCUUAAAAUGAUGAAAAACUUUACGAUUUGGUAAUCGGUCAGCACGAAAAUGUGGAUCAAAAUUAUUUGAGGAAAUGGUAAUUAAUCGGAUACAAUAUAUAGAACGAAUGAAAACGAAUGAAAAAUUCGUUUCUUUUACCCGUUGUUUCGAGUUGGAAACACGAUAUUCGCUUUUGUCCGUGUAUAUAUAUAUAUAUAUAUAUAUAUAUAUAUAUAUAUAUAAAUUUAAAAGGAUCAUUAUCGUUGAUAAAGUUAGCAGCAUUAAACAAAAUCUUUUCGGCGGUUUGGCUAGAGGCAGAACUCAGGUUCGACUAUUUCAAUUGAAAUGAUACAAUAUCUCUAUUAAGCAUUUUAAAAGUAAGUUAGUUCUACGCGUACGACGAAUCGUCCGUUCGUAAAUUGAAGAAAAAGAAAAAAAAAGAAAAAAAAAGAAAAGGAAAGAAAAG